AUGACAAAAUAUUUCCCAUCUUUGGUUAUUAACGAAUAUGAUUGGGUGCGCAAUCCUUUUGCUGUAACAUCAGAUGUAAUAUCACAUCUAGAAUUAGUUGAACAAGAACAACUUUUAGAACUUCAAUCUGAUCGUUCAUUGAAAUUAAAAUUUAAUGAACUUAAACUGUUUCAGUUUUGGAGUUUUAUUAAAACUGAGUAUCCGAUAAUUACAGAAAUUGCAAUAAAUAUAUUAUUACCAUUUUCUACAACAUAUCUCUGUGAACUUGGGUUUUCUGCACUAACAAAUAUUAAAAAUAAGAAACGUGAACAACUUUUAUCAGUUGAACAAGAAAUGCGAGUGUGUUUAUCGUCGAUCCCUCCUAGAACUGAACUAUUAUGCAAACAACAUCAAGCACACGUUUCACACCAAAAUUUAUAA